GGAGUCAUUUAUGCGAAGGAUAUGAAAGAGAAGCGAGGGAUUAGUUUAGAAAAUCCAUUUACUUUGAAAGUGGGUCAAGUAUUCACUGGUUUUGGCGUUGGCUGUGGAAUUGGCAUUGGCGUCGGUCGCCCUUUAAACUUGGAGGGAAUUGUUGAUAACUAUGUCUUCUAUGUGUUCGUUUCUUGCGUUUGUUGCUUACUUUUGGUGAGAAUUUGGGGAAGUUUGGAUAGUGGAGCUCUUGGCCGGUUUUUGUGAUGUGGUGGAGAAGUAUUCGAUAUUUUUGGAGGUGCAAUACCAGUCCUGAACCAAGUAAUGAUUGCUACUAGGGGUGCAACUGAUGCUUUUUCUGGUGUGCAAAGACAUGUCAAUAGUUCAUUGAGGAAAGUCGGUGCAAAGAACAUUGAAGCAGGUAUUGGCUGUGGAGUAGGUUUUGGCCAUGGAUUUGGAGUUGGCCUUGCUGUGAAGCCUUCUGUGCUGCAUCAGAUUCAAUCACAUUUUUGGCAAGUGGCAGGAAGUGUGAUGAUAAAACUUGGAAUAGGUUCCAAUGCCUCCUUUCCUCUUAAUGAAGGCGUCUUCAAAGGAUCUUUGGAAACUGGGAUGAGCAAGGUUAAGGAACCCUCACAUGAAAAUCGAGCUGGAAGUAUUCAUAAUUUGGUACAAUCAGUAUCAAACAGUACAUAUGAAGGCAACAUUAGGGAUGCAAAAACCAGAGUAUCCUUAGAGGAGACUUUAGUGCCAAAAUUUGCUGCAGUUGACACAGAACAUAGGAGUCGAACAGAGACAGUGAUUAACAACUUUUUGAAAAAUCCACUUCUAGAAAAGGGGAGCUCACUCCAUGACCAAUUCUCAUUGCAGGCUGGGCCGCUGCAGUUGGAAAAUGAUGUGCUUCAAAUGGUGUUGAAACACCAAGUACUCAUUGAGGAGCUGAUGAAAGAAAAUGAGAAGCUUCGCCAUAUAUUGGUGGAAGAACUGAAAGUCCAACCUAGCAAGCUCCAGUUUAGCUUCACUAGUAGGAGUAAGUCCUCAUGUACCGAAUGUUUUGAAUGCCGUAGAAAACAAAGAAAAAGGUGAAAGUAAUAGAACAUUUUUUUAUUAUUAUAGUUGGUUGCAGAAUAUAAAUGCAUUCUUUCGAACUGCAAGUGGAAACUGGUUAUGCAAGCAAGUUGCUUGUGAUCAUUAAGCACCUCAGGGGGAAGUGAUAGAGGUAGCUAGUGAACACUAGACAACUUUAAAAGAAAUAGUGUGAUUGAAAAUUCGUCACCUACAAAGGCUCUUCAAGUCAGACUUCAUUCUAACUUA